AUGUCGACCCCGAGCCUCGAAAAACCCUCUAUCGAGCACGACUCCAAGGAUGAUGCGCAGCACGUCGAAUUCCAGGAUGCCGGCAUCGACAACAUCAGCGAGGAGACACUGAACAGCCUCGACACCAUCGAGCUCACAAACACCGGCUUCUACUCGUGGCUCGUGUCCAUCACCGCUGCCAUUGGCGGCCUGCUCUUCGGUUACGAUACUGGCAUCAUUGCAGCUGUUCUCCUGUAUAUUGGCGACGACCUCAACACCCCUCUCACCAACCAAGACAAGGAGCUCAUCACAUCCAUCACCUCUGGCGGUGCCUUUCUUGGUGCCAUUUUUGCCGGUACCACCGCCGACAGAUAUGGACGCAAGAUUGCCAUCUAUGUCGGAUGUGUGCUCUUCGCCAUUGGUGCCGUUCUCCAGGCCGCCUCCUUCUCCCUUGCACAGAUGGUAGUCGGCCGGCUGGUCGUCGGUUUCGGUGUCGGCUCCGCAGCUAUGAUAAUACCCCUUUACAUUGCAGAAGUCUCGCCCGCCAAGUACAGAGGUCGCAUGAUCGGCCUAGACAACAUGUCCAUCACUGGUGGCCAGCUCAUCAGCUACGGCGUGGGGGCUGGUUUCGCUCACGUCCGCGGAGGCUGGCGAUACAUGGUCGGCGGCGGUGCCAUCCCGGCUCUCAUCCUCGGCGUCUUGCUCAUGUUCUGCCCCGAGUCGCCCAGACAGCUCAUCCUCCAUGGCAAGCAGGACGAGGCCAGGGAUGUCAUCCGAAAGAUCUUCCCCCACGGUACCGCCGAGGAGGUCGAGAAUAAGGUCAAGCUCAUCUCCUACCACGUCGAGAAGUCCAAGCGAUUGAACGCCGGACACUCUCAGUGGUGGAUCCUGAAGCAGCUCUACGUCGUCCCGGCCAACUUCAGAGCUCUGCUGUCGGCUUGUACUCUCAUGGCCAUCUCCCAGCUCUGCGGUUUCAACUCCCUCAUGUACUAUUCUCCCACCAUCUUUUCCCAGAUUGGCUUCAGCAACCCCGUAGCUGUUGGAACCAUCAUCGCGGGUGUCAACUUCUUCUUCACCUUUGUCAACCUCAUCGCCGUCGAUCGUGUCGGUAGAAGACGAAUCCUGCUCUGCACUGUACAAUUCAUGGGCUUCUUCCUCAUCAUCGCCGCCGUCGCCUUCUCCUAUAUCCCAAUGAACAAGGACCUCACCAUUGUCGCUGGAGCUUCCAUCGGGUGGCAGGCCAACCUUAUCCUGGCCUGCAUGGUCUUCUUCGUGGCCUUCUAUUCCUCGGGUAUCGGAAACACGGCUUGGCUGAGCAGCGAAUUCUUCCCGCUAGAGGUCCGAUCCAUGGGCACAAUGAUGUUGACCAUGACGUGCUGGGGAGCCAACAUUAUCGUCGCUGUCUGCAUCUACUUUGGCUACCCCGAGGUUGCUGGGAUGACUCUCGAGGACAUUCGUGUCAUUUUCCAGGAUGGCUUUGGUGUCAAGAAGUCGAGGGAGAUCCAGAAGCAGAUGAGGGCGCAGCGCGUCUCCAAGGCCUAA